AGGGCUAAUGACGACACCCCCUGCCUUUAGUCUUGUGUUCGGCGGACAGUUUAUUCUCAAAGAAAGACAAGGAACCUCAGCGGGGGUGAAAAUGUCCUGGUUACUGCUGUGUGUGGCCUUCCUUGUCCAAGGGGCAGUCCAGUGUAAGGGUCUUAUGAGGAGAGACAUUGCAGGACUGGACCCUGAAGUCAACAUGAACAUCAGCGAGAUCAUCAAGUACUGGGGCUACCCGGCGGAGGAGCACGAAGUGGUCACGGAGGACGGCUACAUCCUGAGCAUCAACAGGAUCUCCUGCGGCGCGGGGAGCAAGGCGUGUGACGGUCCAAGACCCGUGGUAUUCCUUCAGCACGGCCUGCUAGCAGCCGGGAGCAACUGGGUGACCAACCUGCCCAACGGCAGCCUGGGCUUCAUCUUGGCCGAUGCCGGCUACGACGUGUGGAUAGGCAACAGCCGCGGGAACACCUGGUCCAGGAAACAUGUCACACUGACCCCGGACCAGGACGCAUUUUGGGAGUUCAGCUAUGAUGAGAUGGCAAAGAAGGACCUUCCAGCAGUGGUGAACCACAUCACAAAGGUCACAGGACAGGAGCAGAUUUUCUAUGUAGGACAUUCCCAAGGCACCACCAUUGCUUUCAUAGCUUUCUCCACCAUGCCCGAGCUGGCCAGCAAAAUCAAGAUGUUCUUUGGUUUGGCCCCAGUGGCAACUGUGGCCUUUACUGAGAGCCCCAUGACCAAACUCUCCAUCUUCCCAGAGUUCCUGAUCUGGGACCUGUUUGGAAGGAAGGACUUCUUCCCACAGAGUCCUCUGAUCAAGUGGUUUGCCACCAAGUUCUGCAGCCAUGACCCACUGAGCGAGCUCUGUGGAAACAUCUUCUUCGUCCUCUGUGGCUUUGAUGAGAAGAACCUCAACAUGUCCCGUACCCCUGUGUACACCACUCACUGCCCUGCUGGGACGUCUGUACAGAACAUGAUUCACUGGUCUCAGGCAGUGCACCGUGGGAAGCUAAUGGCGUAUGACUAUGGGAGAGCUGGGAACAUGGCACAUUACAACCAGUCGACCCCGCCUCUGUACCACGUGCGCGACAUGAAGGUGCCCACCGCGCUGUGGUCGGGUGGCCACGACACGCUGGCCGACCCCAAAGACGUGGCCGUGCUCCUCACCCAGGUCUCCAACCUGGUCUACCACAAGCACAUCCCCCACUGGGAGCACCUGGAUUUCAUCUGGGGCCUGGACGCCCCGCAGGAGAUGUACAGCGAGAUGGUGAAACUCAUGAGCCAGCAUCUCUAACACCCUUAGUCUUAACCUCAUGACACCUCUUGGCCUGCUGCACACUUGAUGCAGGCACCUGGCUUGUCACAAGAGAUAUAAGCAGUGCCUUUGUGAGUCUGUGUGUGUGUGUGUGUGUGUGUGUGUGUGUCUGUGUCUGAUUUUACUUUCUUUUAAAGCAGUGACAGUUAUCCGUGUGACAUUUCUGUCAGUCAGCCGUCCACUCAGGAUCGUUAGUGUUUUUGGUAACCUGCUGCUUUGUGUGGGAGUGAACUUUCCACUGUGCUUCCAGGGAAUGUUUUAAGAAAGACAGUGUGUUAGAAACCUCAAAGGUAUGUGAAUAAUGUACUUGUUGGUACAUACAUCUUGAACAGCUGUGCAUGUUUGGUUCAUUUUGGGAUACUGUAUUGAAUAUGGUGGUCCAGUUUUACCUCGAAUACAAGUGCAUUUCUUACCAGCAUUGUAGUUUUAUUGCUGUGCAGUUCAGUCUUAAUGAUUUUGAUGCAAUUAAAACUUAUUUUAAUGUAAACCACUAUUAUUUCAAUGAUGUAUUUUCAUUUUGACAUUAAGAAUGUAAUUUCUAAUUCAGUGGUGUCCACACCUGCUGGUGCACUGAUCAAAGAAUAUCUUAUUGUUGACAUUGAACUUUAUAUUUUCACUAACACCUGCUCUGUGAACCUAACAAGUCAAUAAAACCAGCAAACCCCUUUCUUUCUAGAAG